UGAUGCCCCUUUUUCCUCAGCUGGCCAGGACUCCUUUGUUCCUUACUUGCCCCAUUUCCACUUAGCUGCCUAACCUUGGCAGGCUGAGUUUGCUUCGCUCUUUGGCGGUGCCGCGAACUUCCCAGGCCAAUAACGAGAUUUGUCGAAAUUUGCGCGAAUGGCGGCCAUAUCGUUCGCUAAUGCAGCAGUGAACUUGGAGCUUUCUAGGACCAGCAGAUCUAUUGCUACAUGGGGUCCCGAGUCAGGCAUUUCCAACGUAUCCAUGCAUACCGUGCUUCACUUACCUUCGAGAUCAUUUUCGUCGACUCUCUCCGCCGGACCAUCCGCUAAGCGAUCGCACAUCGUCGUCGUCGGCUUCGCCUCCCCCUAUCACCAAUCGCCUGCGACGUCGCCCAGCGACGACUCCUCCUCGCUCCCGUCGUUCGCCAGCGAUCGCACGUCGCUGUUCCUCACCACGCCUCUAACUUCAUCGUCCACGCACCUCUCUAAACUGACGCCUUCGGCAGCCGAUGGCAGCGCGACGACGCAAACCGGCGGCGGCGGCGGAGACGGCUCUUCCGGCGGCUCUGGCGGCGGAAGCGGAGGCGGAGGCGGCGGGGAUGGCAGCAGCGGCAAUGGCGGAGAGAGCGACAGCGAGAAGAACCGCGCGGAUGCACUGGCCGCGCUGGCGGCGCUCGGGCGCACCGUGCAAUCGCUCCCCGCGGAUCUUGCGGACGCGAUUUUGGCGGGAAGAAUCCCGGGGAUUAUCGUGGAGCGUUUCGCUGCGCUGGAGAAAUCGCCGCUGCUAAAGCACCUCCUGCGAUUCGACGGAUUUAAGGAGCGUCUGCUGGCCGACGAUCUGUUUAUGACCAAAGUGGCGAUCGAAUGCGGCGUGGGCAUUUUCACAAAGACGGGAGCGGAGUACGAGAAGCGCCGGGAGAACUUCUUCAAGGAGCUCGACUUCGUCGUUGCUGACGUGAUCAUGGCCCUGCUGGCGGAUUUCAUGCUGGUGUGGCUGCCGGCGCCCACGGUGGCUCUGCGCGCCCCUCUGGCCAGCAACGCCGGCCGCCUCGCCAUGUUCUUCUCCAACUGCCCCGAUAACGCCUUCCAAGUGGCUCUCCGUGGCACGAGCUACUCUGUCCUGCAGCGAGUGGGCGCUAUUGUCCGCAAUGGAGCCAAGUUGCUGGGCGUGGGAACUGUAGCCUCGCUGUUCGGCUGUGGCAUGACCAACGGUCUCAUUCUCGCGCGCAAGACGUUGGCCAAGCAAGGAGCAGCAGGCGGCGGCAGCAUCGCAGAAAGCAGCGGCGAGGAGGAGGAGGCCAAGGUGCCGAUUCUGGCAACCAGCGUAGCGUAUGGCGUGUACAUGGCUGUUUCCAGCAACCUCAGAUAUCAAGUGCUGGCAGGCAUUGUGGAGCAGCGCAUGCUGGAGCCCAUGCUGCACAACCAGAAGCUGCUGCUGUCCGUGCUGUCGUUCGCCGUCCGCACUGGCAACACCUUCCUCGGCUCCCUGCUGUGGGUCGACUAUGCUCGGUGGGUGGGAGUGCAGUCACACGAGUGAUUCUUUAGCCGCUAGAAAGUAGUGCUGUUGUAGGUUUAUUCGCCAUUGCUCUAUAUUUCCGAUCCCCUCCCUCGCACAUGCACGCCACGGUAGAUUGUCACCAGCUCCUAGGUUCUCCUUUGCUUAUGAUUCUAGGUGACCCCAUAGAAUAAUUGUUGUUUUAUUAUUGAUUUGAGAUGGGAAUUGAAGAGGCAUCCGAACCGACUUAGACAAAUCGAAUUUCCAUAACUAUGCUGGCGUGUAUAACGCGUGGUGUCCAAGCAGGUACCAAGGACACAGAAUCCCCGCCGCCGUGGGGCCACACGCCGCGCCACAGGUUCACGAAUUCACAUGGCCGCCGCCAUUUGCGGCUCCGUACCGCCUUUCCCCCUU